GCUACCGAGACCCCGUAUGCCCGCUUCGAUUAGCUCUUUAUGGCCAUCCCGAUGCCGGCGGCAUUUGGGAAAAGCAUUGCGAGACACAGCUUAAGUCUGUAGGAUGGAUCCCAAUCUUGCCUGAAAUAUGGCAAAGCGUCUUCUACCAUCCUGAGCUUGAGCUAAUGCUAGUCGUGUACGUCGAUGACUUUAAGAUGGCAGGUCCCACCAAGAACAUGGCUCAAGGUUGGAAGGACAUCAACAGCGUCAUUGAUAUGGAUCCUCCCGAAGCCCUUGGUCGGAGGGAGGACUUCUGGGAAGUAGACUUCGAAGCUGGUGCAGUGGUUAGACAUCAUGUGUACCCAAGAAAGAAGCUAUACGUUCCAACUGAAGACGACGUACUAGCUUUUCCCAUGAUGGGGACCAGUCGUGUCACCGAAUUUGAUUCGAAAGAAGAGUUACAUGUUGACGACUUUAACCAGGGGGGUGAAGCUAAGUUUGAUUGGUGGACCGGCAGAACCUAUUUCCCACUUGAUCGUGAAAUUCCAGUGGAAGACUUCACUUAUGCUCUUGCGUCCUACAAGAAGAAGAAUCCGCGUAGCAAGACAGCCCGUAUCGCCAAGCCGGUGGACCCAGACAAGGAGCCAACCGGUAAGCUUGCGGGUAUUGCAUCACGCAUCCUCAUGAAGGUGCUCUUUGCAGCACGCGUGGCCCGAUGGGACCUCCUCCGUGCUACGCAAGCCCUCGCGUCAAGG